AUGUUUUCAGCCAUCGUCAAUUAUUUGAUUCUAUUGGCCUUUGUGUAUUUGGCUCUGGCUCUUAUCGGGAACAUCGUGACGCUGCUGGAGCUUUGGCGCAUUCGUCGCUCAAUCCAUCAGAAGCGACCGCCCAUCAUCAUUCCGUUUUUGGUUUUCACCACACGCCCGGUGUAUGAGGUGGCGCUGACGCACAUGGCAAACAGGGCGGUUGUGUUGCACGGGUUACCGAAGGUGAAUGGCCUUACGUUGCCGCUGCAACUUCACCCCGUGCCUUCUGCAAAAGUCCUUGUGAAGCUGAGGAGCACCACGACAGCGCGACACAGUGAUUUCUUCCUCCCUGAGGUGCGCCCGGAGAAUGACACCGACGCCAAAGAGGCCUCCUCUAACACCAUCCCAUCGUCAUCUUUCGUACACUCUGGUGGCGGAGGCAGUGCGCACGUGGCGCGUCACUCCUGUGGAUGCGCAAUGGAAACGACGGCUCUGCCCUCUGCCGCACGCUCCCAGCAAAUGAUGGGUUCAUUCAGCAAAGGUGGUUACCAUCAGUACCGUGAGCUGUCUCUCAGCGACCUGGGCGGCGGCUAUCACAAACAGGAAGGCAACGCAGGGGUAGGGCGCUUGAUGGCCCGCUCUCAGCUCUCGCUUCAGUUCCGAGUGGAGACGGCGGCGCGAAUUGAGGCUCCCAAUCUUUCUCGUACCCAACUAGGGAACGCAUCUAUAGAAGCAUUGGGAAGAGAUUCCUCCUCCGCAUUUUGUGGGGCGCUUUCUCGCAGCGACACAAUGACAUUUGAGGAUCCCAAAAUAAGCUCGGUGGCUGCCGAUGACGGUAGUGAAGGUGCCGAUUUACCCGUCAAACUGCGUUGUGCGUGCAUAUUUGGUGCGGACGAUGUGGACAUCAUUCGGGCUGUCACAGUGGGGACAACACGAACCUUUGGCCGUGGCUCCCUCAUGUACCAUUGUUAUUACACCGCCGAGGAUGAAGAAAACUGUGCACGCGAGCGAGCGCGGCUUCUUGACUGGCACAAUCGACAGCGGCUGGGUGCACGCUUUCAGUUUGGUGAUCACACUCCUUGCAUGCCGUUGUCGGGGGCUUUUUAUGAAGACUCGGUGACGCAAACAAAUCCACCAUCACGGCGACGUCGUCAUCUCAUGUUGGUGAACUCCAUGACAUCAGUCGGGGAAGGUUUGCCUUCACGACAAGGAUCAUUGGGCUCCUUCUCAACAUUGGCUGGGCGGACACGCUCAAUGUGUUGCAGCACAAAAUCCAACGCGUUUACAGAGACGUUUGUAGAUGUCUCCGAGACUGCGUGCUUUGCAAGUGGAGGCCGCACACGCGGGGAAAGAGGAAAAAAAGAGAAGGAAGGAUUUGAGAUGAGUAAAUUUGUGCCGGCUUCCAUUAUGAAUGAUGCGGCACGAGAUUUGACGGAAUCCAAUGAUGAUUGCAUGUUUGUUACGGCGGUUUCUCCAUCCACCUCCACGCUGCCUUCAUCGACAUCUCCCCCGACAUGGACGGAUUCUUCUACGAGCGAUGAGUGCAACGAACGGGAUUCCGUGGAAACCGGAAAGAUGAUGCCCCAUACAGAACCACAGGCGAUGAACACGGAUGAUGAGGAGGAGGCGGGUGAUGUUACGGAUGUAGAUGGGGCUCCACUCCCAGCGGAGAAUGCAGUCACUUUUUACGACCCUGUCAACGUCCCCGAUACCAACGUCGAUGAUGCUCCCGGGACUAAUAGAAAUGCAAACAAGGCAGCAACCUCCAAAAAGGGUCAUUGUAGAAGACCGCGGGAACGUGUAGAUAUUUUUUUAACAGAGCCGAAACAAGGUCCCAUUAUUCCCAGGGCGUACGAGGGAUCCAUACUUAUUACCCCCGAUGCCCUGCAGUCUGAUGCAAAUGCCAUUAUCACCACAACGACGACGUCUACUUCGGCGCCGGCUUCUUUGCAGGUGGACGCUGUGGAUCUUUCCCUUGCUGCCUUUCAGAACUGCUUCAAAAAUGGCCUCACUCCCGCCUCAGGCAACGAAGUGAACGCAGGGGAAGGAGGAGGAGAGGGAAAAGAUGCAGGGGGAGAAAAAGUGGGGAAAAAACGCGAGAAGGAAGGUGAAAAGAAGGGAAGAGAAAGCCGACAUUAUGAGAAGAAACAAAAAGAAACAGAAUUGAUUCCAAGACACCCAUUGACGUUUGCUCUCAUGUUAUAUAGACGAACACCGCAAGAAAGCCGCAACUCUGGGCGUGACAAACGACAGGUAAUAAGCCAUACCAGACAGCAGACGUCAGAUUGUUUCGUAUGUGUGUAUUCCACCGCGAACGUAAUGGAAAGUCUACUUCCAAAAUCUGCGUCAGCAAUGCCAGGGGGAGGAACGCCUCGUAAUAGCCCACCGGGAAGUUCACUGAGGUUGAAUGAUCCCAAUGAGUGCCGUGAGAUGGGUGAGGCAUACCAUUUACCUGGAACGGAGGAGGCUCAAACCUCUUUGAGGCGGCAGCAGCCGGGCUCAACCAAGCCUGAAAACAUUACAGCUCUCUUGGAGGCUAUGCGGAGUAAAAUUGGCGCGGUGAUGUCGGUAGUGCUGCAGUACGUGCGCAUUGGAAAUGAUCUCUACGCCGUCACAGAGGUCUCGGAUCGCACAUUUGUACAGUACAGAGAGGAGCGAGUUCUUAUGGGACGCUGUGGCAUCAACGACUUCUCUUCGGGAGGUCACACCAAGGGGCGUGAGGACAUAACGGCUUCCGAAAGAAGUGAGUGGCCGUCAAAAUACUGCAUGCGCGCCGCGUCCUACUCGCUUGCAUCGUCACCACAAACGGGUGUACGUCAUCAGUUAGUGCGCAUGUGCUGGCUAUGCAUGCGCACCGAGGCGAACGUUAUUACCCUGCCAUGUGCGCAUUUUGCCCUUUGUCUUGGCUGCGUGGAAACUUUGACCCACUGCUGCAUUUGCCAGCGCUCCAUUCAUGCCACCAUCGUACUAAAUGAAAACACAGACCAGAAUGAGUUUUCAGAUACGAGAAAUCAAUAG